AGGCCUGAGUAGUUAUUGUAGUGUAGAGUACGUCUGUCCUAGAAGAUCUCCCUUGUCCAAUCAAGCUCACCCACUGUCAAUCUACAAUGAGUGUAUCUUUGUCUACCACUCUCAGCUGGCACUUGCUGCUACAGACCUGCCUGGGGCUAGUACUGUCUGCAGCUGACACUCCUCCACACAGUUGUACCUACACAUACACACUGAGGUCUGAUGAAUCUGGAGCCUGCAUUCGAAGCAGCUUUGAUCAGUACACAGCGUGCACAAAUUUGUCCGUCUACCUUGAGUCUUUCAAUUCCGGAACGUACUCCGGCUCGGAUUGUGUUCAGUUCAUUUGGAACCGGGCUUGUAUGUACUGUCGGGGAAAACUUCAUCUAGAAUGAGAUACAGUGUUGUCAUGACCAGCACUUUGUUACAAAAUGUUUCUAUCAGAUGUGUAGAUCCCCACGUCCCAUCAGGGAGAGACAAACUGGACGAGUACUUCGGACCGUUAUUUUUCGACGGAGGUGGUACAGAAACGUCGUCUGUUGUAUUGGACGGAAUAAACUUUGAGGGCUGUAACCAACCACUACAGUUUGAAAACUUGCAAUCAGUUGCUAUUAGUAACUGCUCUUUUAGGGGAUACACUGCUUCUGCUGUGGAUAUGUCCAAUAUCAACACUAUCGAGAUUAUGGAUUGUUACUUUAACAAUUGCUCAACAAAUACGGAAAAGCCGCAAUUCCAUGGCAACUCUGGUGCAGUUUCAGUCUCUUACUUCCCUCAGAGUAAUAUAACAGUUUUAUCCAAUCAAACAAGACCAUUUCUUUCGAUUUCUAAAAGUAUUUUCACAAACAAUAGAGCAAUUUUACCACCUGGAAUUUCCCAGUCCCAACUGAACGAGGCCCUCAACAAUAACAUAUAUCACGGCCGUGGAGGUGCGGUCGGAAUCUAUGUCCAAGAGAAUGUUCGCAACAUCUCCGUGACAAUUUGUGAUUGCCUCUUUGAUAAUAACGAUGCAGAGUCGUUCGGAGGUGGACUCUAUUUGAAUAUUGAUGGCCAAAAUACAACGCAUUCAUUUAAAGUCGAAGGUACCAAUUUCACAAACAACAGUGUCAAAGGAGAGGGAGGGUUCGGUGGGGCAGUUCAAAUAUCUUUUCUGAAUCAGAAUAUAGACUAUCCACCUACUGUGAUGGAGUUUAUACGAUGCCACUUCGAGGGCAAUACAGGAUCGUACGGGGGAGGAGUGAGUUCGGUACAGACUUUCAGUCAAGGUGCUGGUAAUCUGGUGUCGAUCUCCGAGUGCACCUUUGUGAAUAACCGUGCCAACAAUGUCGGGUCUGCUCUCAUGUUCGCCUCUUUCCUAUACGUUCAAAACCGUUUUGAAUCUCAUCACUAUCGAUGUCACAAUAAUUUGUUCGCCAGAAACAGUGCACCUGGAGGCACGUUCGGAGUCGCCUUCAUCAACACAAACAUGUCUGGCCACAAUAGACUGGAGUUUAAUGAAGGACCUGGUUUGCGGGUGGUGGGUUCUCAAGUGGAGAUUCUUCGCGGUGGACUGGUCAGUUUCAUCGGCAACAACGCUGAGAGUAGAGAGGGCGGAGCUCUGUUCAUGCAGGACUUUGGGCAGAUCAAACUACAUUCUAAUACGUCAAUGGAAUUCAUCAACAACACUGGAAUGAUUGGUUCAGCCAUUGUAGUGACAGUACAAAGAGCUUCCCCAGUGUUCUCUCAGCUUGUAUACAACCCACAGUGCUUCCUCAUCUACGAGAAUACGUCACUGUCACCAGGGCAAUGGGAUGAUGUGUCCAUAAGGUUCUCUGGUAAUCGUGCAUCAGUGGGUCCAGCCGUGUACAUAUCUCACUUGGAUCACUGCUCCUGGUUCUCUGCCGACAAAGUUGACAAGGGUACCAACGAAAUAGAUGUUACCUUUGGAAUUGAGCGGUUCCCAAACUGGAAAGUUUUUGAAUUCAAUGAAACCAACUAUGCCACUUCUCUCAAAGACGACCCGACAGCUAGUACUUACUACUUUCAAACUGAGCCUGUCAAUAUCAGCUCAAGCAAUGGCACAGCUCCACUUCCUAUUCGUCCUGGAGAGAGGAGUCGUGUGAAUUUUAUGGGAGUGGAUCAGUUUGGGAACCCAGCGUACGUUAUCUUGAGACUGUCUGACUCGAGGACUGCCAUCAGCAAUGGAGCUUUCAGUCAAGCAGGAGACAGUCCUACUACUGACAGCAUGGAUUCAAAUCAAGUUCGCUUUGAACCCUCACUGCUCCCCAUACAACCCAGUGAUGAGUCAGUGACUGUGGUGUACGGAUUCCCAUCUCUCUCACCCGAAACGUUUCGUCAAAAUCAAAAUCAAGUGGUUCAGAUACUUAUUGACACACCUUACAUCGUCAGAAGUGCUGAGAAGUUCUACUUCAAUUUGUCUAUAGUGCCCUGUCAACCUGGCUAUGAGCUCCGUCAACAGACUAAUGGUGACAGACUCCUUUCUUGUCGCUGUGUCAGAGACAACUACAACAUCUUAGACUGUGAAGAAAACGUGGUCAUUAUGAGGGAUGGUUUCUGGGGAGUUGAAGAGGAUGACCCCACCCCCCACCUUGACCUCACCCCCUGCCCUGCCUCCUAUUGUCGCUGUCACACACGAGGGGGACAGACGUGUGAGGCUCUCUUCUUUCAACAAGACCCCACCCUCAAUCUCCAGUGUCACCCUCUCAGAAAUGGCACACUGUGUGGUCAGUGCAUCAAUGGAACUGGUGUGGGGGUUCUGAGGACCAACUGUAGAGACUGUGAUCAAGACAACUACUACGCUAUUGCACUCCUAGUUGUUGGUGAUAUCAUACUGGUUGCACUGAUCCUUGUCCUUGCUAUCAAACUUCACGUGAGCUUCCCAGAGUCUAUGAAGGGGCUCUUGUUUUACAUACAGACUGCCUACUAUACGACUGAGUACUUCCCAAUAUCAUUUUGGAACAUCAGAAAAUACAUGCUGUUUCUCUCGAGUGCCAUUGGACUGUACUUUCCGUGGGAUUUCUGUCUGUUUCCAUCCAUGUCUCCUCUUGUAUCCUUUGCUCCAAAGUUCACUCCAGCUGCAAUCGCAACUCUCGGCUCUACCAUAGCGAUUAUCACCAUCUAUGUAACUAGGUCACGUGAUGGUCGUGAGUAUGUUUGGCAUGGGGUGUGGAGUCUGGUGCUGCUACUCUAUGCUCCUCUGGUCCACACUUGCUUGAAUCUCCUCCAGUGUCAGUACACACCAAGUGCAGACGGAGAAGAGGAAGCUUUACACUGGUACUUGGACGGGACAGUGACAUGCUUCCAGGAUCCCAGUCACACUGCACUGGGUGUGAUAGCCAUCUUUGUUCUGCUGGCCUUAGUGUUGCUCAUUCCAGCUGUGUUUGUAUUCACAGUGAUAGCAAGCUCCAAGCAAAUACAGAGCCAAUCUCGUACAAUUGAGUGGAUGUACACUGCAUUAACGGCUGGGUACAGGGACUCUUGGGAGGCAAAAUGGUGGAGCUCUUUUGAGCUCCUCAGAAGGCUCCUCAUUUUAGGCAUUGCAGUGGUCCUACCUGGGAGAUCAGUAGCCAAUCUGUAUGUACUGCUCAAUGUGCUGGCCAUUCAUCUGUUCUUAAAACCCUACAAGAAGCUGUGGCAGAACAUACUGGAAGCAGUGAUACUGCUCAACUAUGCACUGCUCAUGAUGAUCAGAGGUACCCCCUCUUUCCUGGAUACGUACGCUAUCUACUCAGGCAUACAGAUCCCUGAGAACUGGAAUGGAGACUUGACAACCACUGACAGUGUCACUUGGCUUCUAUUCCCAUUCUUCUACUUCCCUGUACUACUGGGUGUGGUCUUAAUUGUCACUGUUGUCAUCUACCAUGUCGUAAGAAAACUAACACUUCGUAGCAAUAAUUGGAGCCUUCGUAGACCGCCUGCAGCCAGUGUAUUGGAUAACGACGAUUUUUUGGAAGUCAAAGAUGUCCAUGCAAAAAGUGGUAACUAUACAAGAACAACGUUUGGUUUAGAUGAGCUAUAAUAUACUAUAGCAAUUAAAACAGACUUUCUUUUUAUGUCAGCAUACAUUUUUUUAUUUUAGUCCGCUGUUAAUUUUUGUGUUCAGUAGAUGCAAUGUCGACAACUUCUUUCAAAACUAA